UACAUCACGGAUCCCUAGUCAAAAUCAAGAUGGCGUCGAACGCGAAUCACGGGACGCCCUUGGAAGACCUGGCUGGGUCACGGUCUGCGGGCUGCCUCAAGGUCUUCAUACAGAGGGACUACUCAGAGGGGACGUCUGUCAAAUUCCAGACCAAGUUCCCGCCUGAGCUGGAGGGAAAGAUUGAGAAAUCCGUCUUUGAAAACACAAUAAAUGACAUAAAUGGGAUGUUUGUGGAAGCAGAGAAAAUGUCAUGUGGUCGGUACUGUGAAGGUUGUCUAGGAUGUUUAACAGCAUAUCUUGUGUUCUUCUGCAUGGAAACACAUUAUGAACAGAUGAUGAAGAAGGUAACAAAAUACGUAGCAGAACAGAACGAAAGGGCCUGGUCACCUCGUGGCUUACUCCUCACCAACCCCAUUGAACGUGGGCUGAGAGUUAUUGAAAUUAGCAUAUUAACAGAGCCGGCCACGACGAGAGCUCAAUGAGACGUCCAACAUAGCAAAGGUGUAAGUGCUGUACAGGACUGAUAAUUUCUCCCAUUCCCAUUUUCAUCGUCAUCCUCUUCACCCGCAGACAUUCAUAGUUCUCAUGUUCAUCCACAACAUUUUUAUCAUUAUAUGGGAUAGUAUAUUAUAGCAUUAAGGCAAAUAUAUAAGUGUCAUUUUCGAAAGAAUGAGAGAGCGAGAUUCAACCCCCAAAUGUGAGGUGUAUAAGUUGGUUCUGUUCCCUUCUUGCAAGUUAAAAAGAAAAAAAAAAAAAGUAAUAAAAAAAGUAAUGGAGAAUGAUUUUGUCCUCUUUUAUCACUGUAGUUGGUAAUUUAUUGUAUCUUGAGUUAAGACAGCUAUGUACGUAUGUGAGAAUAUACUGUUCAAAAAAGAAAUUACUUUAAUUUCUAUGUACUUUUUUUCUUUGAUUAAUUACAUAUAAUAUUUUGAAGCAGACCAAGCCAAUGAGAUAUGGGAGGUAUAUGGUGGAGUGAUGUGAUUUGUUCCAGUGUGAUUUGUUCAGUGUAUUUUUAUCCUUGUGUUAUCAGGGAGGUAACGUCAUGGAGAGUUAGCAGCAUUGGUGAAUAUCCUGGUAUUUCUGUUUCUUUGAUAUUCUAGUACAUAUACUGGACAGUGAUUUUUUUUUUCUUUUUUUUAGGUUCAUAGACAUAAUGCAUUUAUAUACAUAUUUUGGUGUCUGAGUUCUUUGUUUUGUUUUGCAUUAUAUUCUUGACAUCGUGCAAGACAGCAUUUGUCCCUUUUUUUCCCUCCUCCAUUUCUAGGUUACAAGUAUAUCUAGAAUCUGAAACGUUUCAUAUUAUUAAUUGUCAUCUUGUUUCUUCAGUCUGCUUAAUUAAUAGGAAUCUGGAAAUCAGUAUCCUUAAACUUCCUGUGAAUUAUAUAAUGACAAAAGUAAGUGAUAUGAUACUCAUAUUUAAUGAUUCCUGGUGAUAUUUAAGUUUCAUAGAGUAAAUUCUCGGUUAAUUUUCAGCAUCUGUUUUGAGGAUAAGAUUGGUUUGUAAACUUUGAGUCGAUCUAAUUUAAUUUAAUUCAAGACUGUUGUCAUUGUUUUUGGUCCAAAUAUAUCUUCAGACUUGGGAUGUGCAAUGGUGUGUAGUAGAUCAUGCACAUGUUAUUAUUAGUUUUUGAUUUUUUAUAUUAUAUGUUAUUAAAGGCCUUAUUAUUCAAGAGUUUGAUUUUAUAAUACAGAAAAAUCCUUGAGCUAAGUAUGAUUAUGGAGUUUAAAUGCAUUGAGGCUCUUAAAUUGUAUGGCAGACAUGCGCUUACAAAAAAAGGAGAAAAUGAGAAAUAUGUGCUGAAAAUAGGAAAUUAGUUAGAUAAAGUUACUGGAGAAGCAAAAGUGAUAUUGUGUUAAGAUUUGGUAGUUGACAAGUAUGCAGUGUUAGAGCUGUUUGCUUGUUGCCUUUGUAUAGAAGCCUUGAAGUUCCUUCACUUGUAUUGCAUGAUAUGGCAGAGUUGAAAAGAGAGAAAGGGAGAGAGAGAAAGAGAGCAAGAGAGAGAGAGAGAGUGAGAGAGACAGUGAGAGCAAGCUAUUAUAUAUUUUCCUCAUCAUUCCUUCAAAUUCUGUUUUAGAUCUUGUGUAUAUGAUUUAGCAUAGUAGGCAAAAAUAAUAUAUACUUGUGUAUGAUAUGCUACUUUUGAUUUUAGUCAUGUUUUUAGUUACUCAUAAUCCAGUGUUGUGGUUCUCACAAGAAAAAAAAAAAUUGUGUGAAAAAGUACUCGUGUUUGCAGCUGAUUCCACGUUUCAGGAGAAGGAGAAAUAAAGAUAUAUGAAACUGCGGUCCACUAAUGUCUUAGGAACAUGAAGUGUUUUAGAAAACAGUUUCCUUGAUAUUUGGCUGUAAACAGAACACCUAUGAAUGGAUAGUGCUACCUUGCUGUGACAUCUAGUAACAUUACAUAGAUAAACAGUCCUCACAGACCAAAAGAUGAGGCGUAAAGAAGGAAAGUGGCAUGGCCAUGCAUCAGCUGUGGGAUUUUCCAUCUGAUGGGCACUAGGCAUCACCAGAAGACACAUUGAAAGGUGUGAGAGGGUCCAUAUUUCACCACCAAAUCCAUACAGUUUGUCUUUCAUUGUACACAGUUUAUGAACACCAUUGGAGUGUAUGAACAAGUGCAGGAUUUUGACAACUUGUGGGACCUGGAAUGAAGAGGAAAGGGAAAUUAGAUGCCAGACUCAUCACCUACAAGACCAUUUGAAACUGAACUGUGAAAUAUUUUUCAAAAUGCUUUUUUACUAAAAUUCAUAGCAUAGGUUUAAAGGAUGUUAGAGUUUCUAAGAAAGUUAUAAUAGUGAUUUUAUUAUGGAAGUGGAUACAUGUAAUCUAUGUACAUAUGUACAUAUUUUGUUUUGCUUUUAAUCAAGAUUGUUAAAUUAAAUUUUUUCUUUCCUCUGUAAAAGAUUAAUUGAAAAUUAAUGAUAAGCUUUACCUCUAUGGCUUAUAAAAAUGCAGAAAUAAUGUCAAGGAAAUUGAUAAAGCUAUAAAUGGAAUUAUAAUACCAAUUGCAAGAAUGAUUUGAGGUGUAUUCUUGAGAAAUUACAUAAUUGUGCCAUUAAUUCUUAAUAAUUAUGUCCAAUUUGACUGAGAUCAAAGAUCAAAGAUCAUUUUGACUUUGGGUAUUGGUUGAUCUGAACUUAUGAUCAUUUGCUUUCUUUUUUUUUUUUUUUCAACUAAUAAUUUUAAGUAUUUUUACCAAAGCGUAUUUAUGGUCAGCCUAUUUUGUAAAUCCUUCAGAAGAUGACCCCCUCCAGCUAGUCUCAGACAUGAUUAUCAGGUGUGUAGAGUAGUAACUAACAAACAUAGACAAAAUACUAGGGAGUGUUUGAUAUAUUGUACCUUGAAAUACUUUGGAACAUUUUGAGCGUCUUUGUGUUUAUGAUACAUAUACAUAUAGAACUCUGUAUAUAAACAUGAAAGGAAAGAUGAUUUUUUUUUCGUUUUGUUUAAAAUGAAAAGGUGGCUUACUUUUUGUAGGUCAUUUGAUGCUUUCCUGCUAACCCCAAGGACUAUAAGGCAGUACAGUUAUGUUUGGCAAAUACCACUUUCUGCGUACUUUGCACUGGAAGCUGUGUCUGUUUAUAAUAUCACUCUUUUGAUUCCUAAAGGGCAAUUGGAAACAAAUCUGAAUGUAGGGGCUAUGUAGGGACAUUUCUAUGCAUUUUUCUGUCUCUUUCUCAUUCAGUUAGGAAAUUUCAACAUGGAGGAUUACUUGAGGGAGAUUGCCGAUAUUCUAUUUUUAUGCCCUCAGUUUUGUCUUCAAGGGAAAUACUAAUGGGAAGAUUAUUGUUUAAUUAAUGUUCAUAAAAAAAAAGUGCUCAUUUCUUCAUGACCAUAUUUUAUGUGCAGUAUGUAUUUGUAUGAAGUGAUUUGGGGGAAAAAAAGUUAGUUUUUCAAAUUUUCCUGUGUAAUUGUAAGAAUGAUGAUAAUUUUGAUAUAGACAUUUCAAGGGUGCAUAUAUUUAAAAUUUGUAACAAUAAAUCUUCAGGGGACAUUUGCUAUUGUAGAUGUAUAAAGUAGUCUUAAUCCUGGGAAAUAUGACAUUGAUAUCACUGUAGUUUGAUGUCCAUGAAAUCUGCAGUGUCAAUGCACCAUAAAUACACCAACUUGUAGGAGAUACUUGUACUUAUACCUUGUGGGUUAGCGCUAUUUACAUUGAUUUGUAUAGUUGUAAACAUCCAAAAUGGCGUGAAAAAACUAUUGCAUGUAAUUAUGGUAUUUGUGAUCUUGUAUAUUAACUUAAACUUGUAGAUUACCAGAUGCAGUGAUUAUCAACCAGAAUUACAGCAUGCAUUUACAACUAUACUUAAUAGUUGUAGCUAUAAGGGUCAACUUGGAUGUCUAUUUCUGUACCGAUAUAUAUAAAAAAAAGAAAAAAAAAAUGCUGUCAACUUCUACCUUUACCCUCGGGGCUACCUAGUUGUAUGUACCUCUUCUGCAGUUUUGGGGAAAUUGUGGGCCACAUUUGUACAUAGUUGUAUAUCCCGUUGAAUUGUGAAUGGUACUCACCGCUAGCCAGUUUGUUGGGGAGUCAAUACCUUGUACCCUGAGCCUGGGGGUCGCCUUAGCUUCACUAAAAAGAGUUUUUUGUACUUUCUAUAAUGGGAUCACGUAAAGUGUAGUUGAGGAUUUCAGUGGUGACUGGAAGUUAGACCUCACAAAAAAAAUGACAAUGGCUUUCUUUCUCUUUUUAAACUUUGCAUUCGACAUGAUUGUUAACUACAUUAUUUUCGUAAAUAUCUGAUCUUAUGGUAAUAACAGUUAUUACUGCCAUUAUUAUUGUUACUAUAUUUUGUUUUCUGUUUUUCUUUUAGUAUUUAUGCUUUCAAUUUAUUAUGAUUACUGUGAUUUCAGUAUCGGUAUUUGCAUACUCACUCAGUCAUAUAUAUGGAAAAUAUGUACUUUUUCAAUCAACUGAGAAUGACAAUGUGACACAGUCCCAUCAAACAAUCCCGGGUGAUGAGGUCUGCAAUGAUUGUAAGUAUUUUUUAUGAAAUUUUUCUUUCCAAAAACCAUGACACGCUGCUGCACAUGUGCUCCCAGAGGGACAAAGAGACUUACCAGUUUUGCAGUUUUUAGGACAAAAGAUUUUUAUGUUCUGUUAUUUAGAAUUUAAUGGUUACUGUAUAUUUUUUUCUUCCCUGAGCUGAUUACGGCUGUACCUCCUGUCAUCUGUUCUGAAAAUAAAUUUGAAAUGUUAUUAA